AAAUCAAAUAUUCUUAGCUUAUAUAAGUCAUGUCAAGUGAAGAAAGAAAGACUAAGGUGGAUCACGACAAUCCUCCUUUUUCUAGACUGUUUGUUGUUUGCUCUAAAAACCACACUGAUGACGAUAUUAAAGAAGCCUUUGGAAGCUAUGGAAAACUUCAAGAUGUUUGGGUUGUGACAGAUAGAAACACCCAAGAAAGGAAAGGGAUAGCUUACAUCAAAUUUGAGAAAGCAUCGGAAGCUCACAUUGCCAUGGAAAAACUCCAUGGAGAAACUAUCGGAGGGGAUUCAAAACCAUUAAAGGUACUUCUGGCUGACAACAAGGGCCAAAGCCGUUCAGUGUCAGGGGAAGCAAAGCCCCGAUCCCGGAUAUUCAUCUUAGUUCCCAAGACAAUGUCAUCGAGCGAGGUUGAGGAAGAGUUCACCAAGUUUGGAUCUGUUGACCAUGUUCAAAUACUCACUGAUAGAUCAUCUGGAGAAUCCAAGGGUUGUGCCUAUGUGAAGUUUGUGAAGCCCUCCUCAGCUUUCAGUGCUCUUGAAGAUUGUGACGAGAAAUACAGAGCAGUGAUUGCUGAACCCCGUGUUCCUCGGGAUGCAAGAACUGGAGGUUUCUCAAGCGAUAAUUCAAGAGAUAAUUCCUCUUCACGUCACCUUGAUCACUCUAGACGGAGCACCUACAGUAGUGCACCUUAUGUUGCUCCAGCUGAUCACCAAAACCAACCACAACCAGAAACAAUUAGUUUUACAGACCUGACUGAUCCGGGUGCCAUGCAACGACUGUACAUUGUAUGUCACACCAGUUUAUACGAAGAACAACUGUAUAGUUUGUUUGACCUAAUUCCUGGAUUGGAAUCAUUCGAGCUAAAGCACUACCGAGGAAGCACAGAAUCGCGGGGGUUCGCAUACGCAGGUUACCGAACAAUUGAGUUAGCGUGUUACGCUAAGCGCAAGUUGGACGGGUUAGAGUAUCCGCCAGGACACAAGCUGAUUGUGAAGUACGCUGAGGACCGACCAGCUGGAGCGGGAGGAAACAGAGAGCGACAGGGAAGUUCAGGAAUGAGAAUGGACACGGAUGCAUGGAACUCCGCAAACGCAGUGCAGCGCAAUGUGAGCAUGAUGGCACCCCGCUACUCAGUACCCCCCACUAUGCCUGCUCAACAAGUUCCCACCAACAGAGGAAACGAGUGUCCCUACACAGACACAUCUCUACCAAACCCUCUCCCAAUGGCAGCUCCAGGAACUGCCUGCAGAGCUAAACUCUUCCUAGUAGCCACACCCACUAUACCUGACGAGAUAGCUCUUAAAGACGUUUUCUGUCGCUUUGCUUCUCUCAUCGAAAUUAAGCUCAUUCCGGGUACGUCAUACGGUUAUAUAAGAUACGGAAUGAAGGAGUCAGCAGAAGCAGCGUGUAUGGUGCUAAACAACGGUAAGAUACAAGGAAACGAGAUCAAGCUGUCACAGCAGGAAGAGGGGGGCGAUAAUAAACGCGCCAGGAACUCGUUUGACGGAGCAGCCGCUCAGUGGUAAAGAUGUCAUGAGCUCAGAGAACAAAAUAUAUGAAAUGUAUGGCUUUUUUUUUCGAUUGCACUGGACGUGAUAGUUUCAAAUUUAAGCCCAUAUUAUGACUUGGGCUGAGCCUAGUCGGUGAUUGAUUUGAUUUUGAAAAAAUAAGUUUUAUUCUUUGCCGUUUGGAGUGAAAUUUACAUCUAAUUUUAUAAUAUUUAAAUAUAUUUUCAUGAAUAUUUUACCACGUGUCCUGAUGACCUGUAGCUGUGGUACUGUAGAAUGGUUUUAUAGUUAAUAACUUAUCUCAACUAUCUCCCUUUGUUAAAUUAUCAUUGAACAUUUUAUUUAUUUAUAAUCAUUGUUUUACUCGUGUAAUAUUAAAAAUGAUAAUAUAAUAAAAUUACAGCAAUAACUCACCAUUUUGUGUUAAUGUCGUUAUUUGAUGAUUGGAACCAUUUUGAGCGCUUAAAUUUUAACCCUAAACUUUUGAAUAAAUCCACCAAACCCCAGGCAUGUCCAGUUCAGGUCCAGUACUAGAAAGUGUAUGUCGAACAUGCAGCUACAAAUUCCAGGACAGAUCAGACCAAGUACUACACUACAAACUAGACUGGCAUCUCUACAACGUAAAACAGAAGCUCCGCAACAUGUCUGCUAUAGCAGAGGAGGAGUUUGACACGCGGUGCGAGGGGGACCUCUCCAGUUUAUCUGGCAGUGACUCUGAGGAUGAUACUGAUAGUGGGGUUGAAGACAUGGUGACUAGUCAGCUUUUAGAAGAUUCUUCUGAGUUGGCUGAUGCUGUUGUUUGUAGCCCUCAUGUUAUCUUCAAGUUUCAGGGCUCUUUCUUUAAGUGCUUGUCCAGCUUACUUUUCAGCAAUAAAUCUGAAAUAACUGAUCAGAUCCUAUCUGAAACAGUGAGUAAAACUACAACUGAUAAUCCUAAAAGCGGUUUGGAGUAUAAGGGCCGGAUUGCUGUGUUCCUUUACAGCGCGCAACACUUCGCAGGUGCAGUUUACGAGAACGAAAAGCUGCUCCUUCAUAAAACUUACCACAGGUACACUGUGCGAGCAAAACAAGGAACAGUUCAAGGGAUAAGAGACGGGAAAGGGAAUGCUCCUAAAUCAUACGGUGCGUCACUAAGAAGGUACAAUCAGAUAGCGUUAUUUAAUGAUAUCGAAAAGCUUAUGCUUGAAUGGUCCGAGACAUUGAAUGGGUGCAAUGUUAUUUUUCACCGGACUGCUGUUUAUAAUAGGCACGUGUUUGAGAAGGUAAAAGAAAAGAUUGACAACAAGAAAGAUAAAAUCAGGACGAUACCAUUUACUACUUAUAGACCUACUUUGAAAGAAACAGAGCGGGUUUAUAAGCUUUUAACAAAAAUAAACAAAGUGUUUGAAAAAGAGUUUAAUGAUGUUGUAGAAUCAAAGAAGGAAUCCUCAGAACUUGAUUCAAAUUCCAAAAUUCCUGAAUCUCAUCAAACUAAACCAGUAAAUCCCAAAUCAAUACCAAAUUCCCAUCUCAAACAGAGACCAGAGAAGGUAAAACCAGUUGAAACUCCAGUGGAACUGUGUGAAAUUGAGCCUGAGUUUUACGAAGAUCCUGACAACCUUUACUUCAAAAUUUUAGCAGCAGUAAAAUCCCAAAAUCAGGAGCUGUUUACCUCCUUGUUAGUCUCAGAAGUUAACCUAGACAAACCUCUAGACAGCAGCAACAGCUUGCUACACAAGUGUGCAAGUGUAAACGACCCUAACUUUGUAAAACAGCUCUUACACCAAGGAGCUAACCCAGAGCUUAAGAAUGACACCAGGAAAACACCGUUCCAAGUUGCUGGAGAUAAGGAAGUAAGGGAUGAGUUUAGGAGGUUUAUGGCUCUCUUCCCUGACAAAUGGGACUACAAAUCUGCCAAAAUACCGUCCCCUCUAACUUCCGAACUGGAGGAGGAACAAGCAAGAAAGAAGGCAGAGAAAAAGAAAGCUCAACGAGCAGCCAAGAAUCAACGUGACAAAGAAAAGAAAGCUGCCAAGAAAGAAGCUGCUAAAAAAGAGGAAGAUAAGCUGAUAGCAGAGGCCCAGAAGUUGAGAUUGCGCCAGUUGACGCCUCGUGAGCGCUGUUUAUUGGCGGCAGAAGCGCGCUUAGCAUCAGAGGGGGGACGGGGUUGUGUUUCAGGAAAAUGUGAUAAUUGUGAGACAGGAUUAGACGGCUUGGUUCCGUUUGAGAGAUUGAAAUAUAAGUAUUGUAGUGUUACUUGUGUUCGAGAACACAAGGACAAGUUAUAGUACAUCCUAUUUGGAUUUUGGGGCCAGUUUGUAAAAGUUUUGGGAGUAGUUAGAAAAGAUUGAAAUUUGUAUCUUAUUACAUUUAUUUUAUCCUGUACUGGUUUUAGGGUUGAAGUUUGGGAAUUUAUAUGAAAAACUUACCAGAUAAAUUAUUUUGAUCUGUAAAUUGU